CCUAGUUGCAGUUCUCCAGAAAAAAUAAGUGGUCAUAUUUCCCGUGCCGUCAGAUCCUUGAUCUUCAGAUGCCAUCCUUUGUUUUGUGUUUGUAAAAGCAUCAUCUUUUUACUCUUAAUUCAUAAUGUACCUGGCAUCUUAUUAAAAGGCAAAGACUAAGAUGAAUCCUGACUCGUCUGUACUUUAUGGAUGGAGUUUGGCUGGCUGUUAAAUUGCAUUGGUAGAUGCAAGGAGAACAGUACAGUAAAAAGAUGAUAAUCCUACAAGCAAAUCAAGUUACAUGGCAGAAGAUUGUAGUCACAAUUGUACCAUGAACCACGACAAGAAGCUUACAGCCUCUGCAGAGGAAGACGCAGAGGAAACCAUGAGCACAGUAGACGGGCUUCUGAGGCAGGCUCAAAACGCUCUCAUUCAUCACGAUCAUCGCGGUCAUCAAGAAUGUCAGCCAGCAUGGCAGCAGCCACUGCACGGGCUCAAGCAGAAGCGGCACAAACUUGUGUAUUGUUUGUAAAGAAAGAAAAUGCAAUCAAACUGGACAAGAUUAAAUUAGAAAUGUCCCACAAACUGGACAAAGCCAGAAUGGAGGCAGAUUUGGAGGUACUCCAACAUGAAAGAGAACAAUCUGCUGCUUUGGCCCGGCAGAAGUGUUAGAAGCAGCUGUAGCAUCAAUUGAGGACAAUAUUUCAAGUGCUAGCUUCUCUGUGUCUUCACAUAGCAAAGUGGAGCGCACCAAAGACUAAGUUGAGAUGAAAAGUGGGGUGGAACUAAAUAAGCCAAAAGAAACAGACAUUCAGAAUUCGAAUUACAGCAACAAACUAUACCCUGAGACCUCAGACCCCAACUGUUCUGCUCAUAGUCUCAAUAAAACGAAUCGUGAACAGGAUGCCUUCACUGAACUGCCAUCUCAGCCACUUGAUCAGUCAUUUAGAGAUGAAGUUAAACAAGAAACAUAUAAUCCUCAUGCAUCAUGUUUCUCUUCGAGGACACUUAUCCCAGCAUGGCCACAUUCAGUUCCGUUUCACCAGCCAGAAUCCUCAGGUAUGUUAGACUUAGCAAAACAUUUAGCAUGUCGUGAGCUUGUAAAUACAAGUCUCGUGAAGUUUGAUGACAGACCUGAGAGUUUUAGAGCAUGGAAAUCAGCCACUGUUGGAGCCACAGAGGGUUUGGGACUGACAGCCGGUGAAGAGCUGGACCUGCUUAUUAGAUGGCUCGGCAAAGAAUCAUCUGAAAGAUAGCUUAUGUCUCACAGCUGAAGCACAAGGUAUCCCUCAUGUCUACAAGGGUGCAUGUGCAAGCAAAGAAAAUCUCCUUGGCUGUUCGGUGUUCAAGCACACAAGGGAUGAUGACAAGCCUGCUCUGUCUGUUGAUAUCUUCCUGGACAUUAUGGACAACGAGUUCUUUAGAGAUAGUGACAAUAGCUGGGUGGGUCCUCUCCCCUUCAGACACCCUAGACCUCUUCUUCCCAAUAACAGAGAGCAUGCUCUUACUCGUCUCUACUCUCUUCGUCGGACUUUGCUGAAAAGACCAGAGAUGAAUCAGCAGUUCACAGACUUCAUGCAAAGGUUGUUUGAAAACGAUCAUGCAGAGUAUGCUGCUCCUCUAAGCAUUGACCAGGAACGCUGGUAUUUACCAUACUUUGGGGUUUAUCACCCAAAAAAGCCUUACCAAAUUAGAGUGGUGUUUGAUUCCAGCGCUCAAUAUCAGGGUCUCUCACUGAAUAGCGUCCUUUUGACAGGACCAGACUUGAACAACAGUUUGUUAGGUGUGCUGAUCCGGUUCUGAAAGGAGCCUGUUGCCGUGACUGCCGAUAUACAGCAAAUGUUCCACUGUUUCACAGUGAGAGAAGAUCACAGAGACUAUUUGAGGUUCCUGUGGUUCCGUGACCACGAUCUCGAAAAGGAUGUGAUUGAAUGUAGGAUGAAAGUCCAUGUGUUCGGAAAUAGCCCCUCCCCAGCAGUGGAGAUUUACAGACUUCAUCGGGCUGCCAAAGAAGGAGAGCUUAUGCAUGGAACCGACACCUACAACUUUGUGAAGAGAGAUUUUUAUGUGGAUGACGGUCUGAGGUCAUUUCCAACUGCUGCUGAAGCUGUUGAUUUACUUCGCAGGACACAAGCAUCCCUGGCAGAAUCGAAUUUAAGGCUCCACAAGAUAAUGUCAAACAGCCCAUUAGUCUUGUCAGCCUUUCCACCCGAAGACUGCGCUAAAGGUGUCAAAGAUCUUGAUUUUGGAGAUGAAACCGUACCAGCUCAACAUAGUCUUGGCCUGAACUGGGAAAUAUCAAUGGACACCUUUACAUUUCACUCACCAGACAACAGCAAACCUCUGACUCGUCGUGGCAUUCUCUCCACUGUUAACAGCUUGUAUGACCCUUUGGGCUUUGCAGCACCUGUCACAAUUCAAGGACGAUCCUUGUUAAGAGAGCUAUCAAAAGGAAUAGAAAACUGGGAUGAGCCCCUCCCUGAAGAGAAAUGCAGGGAGUGGGAAAUGUGGAGAAAUUCAUUGCAAGAUCUGGAAAGAAUUCAUGUUCGAAGGACAUAUAGCUUGAAGUCACUCUCCAAGGCAAAAUGUACGGAGCUGUGCAUAUUUUCAGAUGCCCCCUUCAAGGCUAUUGGAGCAGUAGCAUAUCUUAAGACAAUCUAUGAAGAUGGACAGAUCAACAUUGGUUUCGUCUUGGGUAAAGCUAAAUUGACACCUCCAGACGAACCUACAAUUCCUAGAUUGGAACUUUGUGCAGCUGUAUUAGCUGUUGAGAUAUUAGAUCUAAUUUUGGACGAGAUUGAUUUCGAACCAGACUCUGUAAAGUUUUUCUGUGACAGCAAAGUUGUAUUGGGUUACAUACACAAUGAAAGUAGGAGGUUCUAUGUGUAUGUGCACAAUCGCGUUCAAAGAAUCAGGCAAUCAUCAAAUCCUGAGCAAUGGCAUUAUGUGCCUACCGAGCACAAUUCAGCCGACUGUGCAUCCAGGUCUGUUCUAGCUUCUCUUCUUACAGAUUCCAUGUGGUUGACAGGACCAGACUUUCUUUAUAGACUUUUGGAAAGUGAGCUAAUCUUGAAAGAGACCUUUGAGCUGGUGAAUCCAGAGACAGAUUCAGAGGUUCAUCCUUCACCCCAAGUGAGCACUGUUUGAUAGGUGUAGUAAAGAGGAUUCUGGACUCAAUGUUGCUGCAGUACAGAUCUCGUCCCCUUUCACAUGAAGUCUUAUGCACUUUCAUGGCUGAAA